AUGAAAUACCUUCUCAAUAGCAUUUAUGUUGCCGAAGAAGAAGUGCUUGCUGACGCGAUGUCCCCGGACCGGAAGCACUUAGCCGGCUGCCCAACCACGUGGAUCUACAGCACUCAUGAACAGCUCUCGGAACCGGUUGCACCGAACGAGGACGGGGGGCAAUUAGCUAUGGCGAACGUGUACAAGUCGUAUCUUGAGGGCAUGGAAGGUCGUGUCAUGGCCCGAAUCGACGACAUGGAAGCACGCCUCCUUGAUCGUUUUGGUCCCACGAGCACCCUCCCUCUUCACCUUGAACCACGCUUUGAUGCUUUGAGUACACCAAACGUCGUGCACCUAUUCAAACCUGUGGUGCAGUUUACGACCGAAGACAAAAAGGCGCAAACGUCACAUGUUCGAGUCUCAAAGUGUUGUACCCUGGGCAAGGCAUUCUAUGCUAUCGCAGAGUUUCUCGGGGUCCGUAUGCAAGGCGUCGACAACACCAAGUAUGAGAAGAUUGUGACGGCUCAUGAGGCGGUUAUGAUGUUGUAUGGACGGGUGGAUGCGAUUAAGUCGGUUGAACUCGCAGUGACGCUGUCGAAGAAGGUCGUGGCAGCCCUCACAGCUGGUGACGUCGAAGUUGUUGCAUGCCUUGGCGACUUUGCAUCCCACCUUUUAGAAUCGUAA